CUCGAUUGAGAUUUGAAAACUCCGCUUUCUCUGAUAGGAUCUCCUUUGCAAAGAUGAUGAGCAUCAAUGAAGAAGGGAGUAACGAAAGUAAGCGAAUUCAUGCCUGGAGCUGCGUAAUAAUGUGUAAAUCUAACUUUUGCUCAAGGUUCCCCAUCCCCAAGACGCGAACCACGCACGAUUAUGGGGGCGACUGGAAUGGAUAUUGGCGAAUUGCAACAGAAAAUAUCUGAUGCAGAAAAGGAGCUAGGUACUAUACGGUCUCAGCUCGACAAAACAAAACAGCAAGCAAAGACGGCUGAAAUCCAGGCUCAAGAAAGCGGACGGACUAACCGCAAGCUUUUGACAGAGAUUCAGACACUUACUGAUAUGAGUAAUCGCAAAGACCGUCAAGCUGAAAACGCGAAAGCGACAGCUUUCUUCUUUGAAAGUCAGUUGAAGAAGUACAUGGAGGAAAUAGAACAUGCCCGCGCUGGCAUGACUCACUUGAAAGAGAUAGAAGACGAGAUGGACACAGCGAAGCGAGAAGCGUUCCAAGCUCAAAAGAAGGUUGAUGAAGAGUACAAGCAUAUGCGCGCCAAAAUCAAUACCCUGCAAAAGAAGUAUCAAGAAGAUAUAAUAGGACUGAAAGAUGCCAUCCAGUUGGCUCACGAACAGCUCGUCCUAGAAACUGAAAAUUCAAUCAACCUUCACGAAGAAGCAGAAAAGAGGCUUAAUGAUCUCGUUAAAGAUCGCAACGUGGUUGAUGUCGAACAAAUGCAAGCCAGCUUACAAACGACACAUUCGCAGGUGUUUGAGGAUGUCGAAAAAGAAGUCGAGAGCUUGAAAGUUCAGUUGGAAGUAUCCAUGGAAUCGUCUGAGUCAAGCGAACAAGUGAUGACGUCCAUUAAAGGAGAAAUGGACAGGAUUAUGCGAAGGUUGCGUGCCCUUCAAGAUGUCGAAAAGCACUAGCCCCAUGGUAGUGCUAGCGGUUAUACCCCCUCUCAUUAACUCUUCGGUAGCUAAUGUGAAUUUUUAUUUUUGUUUUUAUUUAUUUCAAUUUUUUUGUUAUCAACCUUACAUUUUUACAAGCAAAUAGCAUCUUUUUUUGCCAAGGUACCGAAUGCCGACCAAAUGGGUUUGAGCAAAUGACACAUAGCGUUAACGUGAUUCUAGUAUCUCUACACACCGAUCACUAUUAUAAAUUGUUGAAUUCUUUU